UAGUGUUAUAUCUGACAUCGAUAUUAAAUUAUUCCAACGAUGAGUCGACAAUGAUCUAUCAUGGCUUUAUAUUUUUAUCGUAUUUUAUGCCAUUGUUUGGUGCUAUAUUGGGCGACUCUUACUGGGGAAAAUUUAAAACUAUAAUGCGAUUGUCAAUAGUUUACGCACUAGGAAACAUCAUUCUCACUGGAGCUUCAAUGGCCAACGAUUUCACUCUCGAUAAUCAAAGAUUCAUAGCCAUUGUCGGUUUAAUAUGUAUUGCGUUGGGAACAGGUGGCAUAAAACCGUGCGCUUGCACGUUCGGCGGUGAUCAAUUCCAAUUACCGGAGCAACAAGAUCAACUAACCAAAUUUUUCAAUAGAUUUAUAACGGCCAUUUACAUUGGAUCAUUGAUAUCAACGUUUUUAGCACCCGAGCUGCGGAAAAGCGUACAGUGCUUUGGUAGAGAUACGUGUUUUCCUCUGGCUUUCGGCGUACUAUCAUUACUCAUGAUAACAGCAAUAGUUAUUUUUAUACUCGGAAGAAAUUUGUACGUAAAAAGGAAACCGGAGAAUCAUGUGAUCUUCAAAACCUUCGGUUGCAUAUUUUACGCUGCUCACAAAAAAAUUAUUUUAUCCACUUCUAACAACGAUCACUGGUUGGAUAACGCUGAAAAAGUACUCGAAAAUAGAGGUAUCCGACACGAAGGCGGCACGAAGUGUAACACACGUUCAUAGCCUAUCCGUUAUUUUGGGCGCUCUACGAACAACAGGUGAGCUCUGAGUC